UACAAGUGUGUCUAUUUGCUCUCACCCAGGUGGUUUCCUGGUGACCCAGAAGAUGUUGGACAUGUUUAAACGCCCCACUGAUCCUCCAGAGUACAACUACCUCUAUCUGCUCCCUGGAGGCGUCUUCGUCGGAGGCUACGCUGCAGCUCUGCAGUCUGGAUACAACAUUGAACAGAUGAUGUACUUGGGCUCAGGUCUGUGCUGUGUCGGUGCCCUGGCCGGCCUUUCCAACCAGAAAACAGCCCGUCUGGGUAAUGCUUUGGGUAUAAUGGGAGUCGCGGGGGGGAUCGUCGCCACUCUGGGUGCCCUCAAACCAAAUCCAGAGCUCCUGGCACAGAUGAGCGCCGCCAUGGCUGUGGGUGGCACUGCUGGUCUGACCAUCGCUAAGAAGAUCCAGAUCACUGACUUGCCCCAGCUAGUGGCCGCUUUCCACAGCUUGGUCGGGAUGGCCGCCGUGCUCACCUGCGUGGCUGAAUACAUGAUCGAGUACCCCCACUUUGCCACAGACCCCGCAGCCAACCUCACCAAGAUAGUGGCCUACCUCGGCACCUACAUCGGUGGAAUCACUUUCAGUGGCUCUUUGGUGGCGUACGGCAAACUGCAAGGUGUGCUAAACAGCGCUCCUCUGAUGCUCCCCGGUCGCCACGCUCUGAAUGCCAGUCUUAUGGCAGGCAGCAUUGGCGGGAUGAUUCCCUACAUGCUCGACCCAAGUUACACCACAGGCCUCACCUGUCUCGGAUCGGUGUCCGCGCUCUCCGCUGUCAUGGGUGUGACCUUGACAGCAGCUAUCGGCGGCGCUGACAUGCCGGUGGUCAUCACCGUCCUGAACAGCUACUCGGGCUGGGCUCUGUGCGCCGAGGGCUUCCUGCUCAACAACAACCUGCUGACCAUCGUCGGCGCUCUCAUCGGGUCGUCCGGAGCCAUUCUGUCGUAUAUUAUGUGUGUGGCCAUGAAUCGCUCACUGGCUAACGUGAUCCUGGGAGGCUACGGCACGUCUUCCACCGGUACAGGGAAACCCAUGGAGAUCACAGGGACGCACACAGAGGUCAACGUGGAUCAGACCGUCGACAUGAUUAAAGAGUCCCAGAGCGUAAUCAUCGUUCCAGGUUACGGACUCUGUGCUGCGAAGGCCCAGUACCCCAUCGCUGAGCUGGUGAAGAUGCUUAAAGAAGCCGGCAAGAAAGUCAGGUUCGGUAUUCACCCGGUGGCUGGCCGCAUGCCUGGUCAGCUCAACGUGCUGCUGGCUGAAGCCGGUGUCCCGUAUGACAUUGUCCUGGAAAUGGAGGAGAUUAAUGAUGACUUCCCUGAAACUGACCUGGUCCUGGUGAUCGGCGCCAACGACACGGUGAACUCGGCCGCCCAAGAAGACCCCAACUCCAUCAUCGCCGGCAUGCCGGUGCUGGAGGUCUGGAAGUCGAAGCAGGUGGUUGUGAUGAAGCGUUCCCUGGGCGUGGGAUACGCGGCCGUUGACAACCCCAUCUUCUACAAACCCAACACUGCGAUGUUGCUAGGCGACGCCAAGAAGACUUGCGACGCCCUCCAAGCCAAGGUCCGCGAGUCGCAGUAACGCGGCUCAGAGAGACACCUCCACUGAAAGAGCACACAUGGCGGCGAGAGGACGGAGGAAGACAACCAGGCAACGUUUUUUUUUUUUUCCAAAAGUACUCCGGCGUUGACAUCAUCUUUGUCCAAUUGCAGCUCAGCCAACUGAGCAAAGAUGAUAACUUAGAUAAAAAGGUUUUUGGCAAACCCUUUCUGUUAUCUAUAAAUAAAAGAACGUUAGCUGCAAAAAAAAAACAAAGACAGGCUCGUGCAGGAAGAGCCAAAUAAUGCACACACUGUAGAUUUAUUAGUUCCUUUGGGUUAAUGUACUUAAAUUACUCUCUGACACGUCUUUUAUUUCUAGAUAUUAAAGGAAGGGUGCGUCAACCAUCUGCAUGUGCUCUGCGUAAUCUGGGGAGCAGCUGAGCGAGUGUCCUCUUCAUUGUAGACACGUACGUUAAUGUAAAACAACAAUCAGAAGUGUAGAUGCUUUCAAGUGUUAGAUAAUUUCACUGUUAAGAUGUUUUAGGAAAUAGUCAAUAGAUAAAAGAAAAUAAUAGAUGAAUUGGAGUAAAAUAUUGUGCUGGUUCACCACCAGAGGAAGAGACUUGAGCACUAACAUCUUUUCCACUGUAAAGAGUUUCCUCCCCCCCUGUUUUUUUUUCUCCAGAGUUUGAUUUUGUUAGGUAAUAUGGUGUUCCCUCGGAUAGAUCUUACUUGCUCAUUUAUUUUCUGUAUAAGUUAAAGGAAAAAAAGCAGAAUAGUGCAACAUUUUUGUAAAGUUCUUUCAGUUCCAGUUUUAUACUGUAUUGAGAGAUUUUUUGUAUUCGGGCUAAUCGGUGUCCUAAACUUAGAAAAUGUCUGUGUGUCGUCACGCUGUUUGCUUUUUUUCUUUUCACUUGAGUGUGUCUUGUGACCUCCACCGAUGCCUCCAGUGCACACUCGGAUCCAAAAAAACUGUUAAAAAAAAACCCAUUCAGGCGUCUUGCAUCGAGCCCAUAAUGCAAUAAACCGACUGGAUGCGACCUUUACGUGUGAGACCGCAGCUGUCCUGUAACGCUAGUAAAGGCCUGUCCUGCUCUUACAAACAAACACUCUUGUAACUCUCGAUGGCUGAAUGGGUUUUAUGAUGUUUUUUUGAACCAGGUGUGUUCCUUCACCCUGUGUGGUUCCGAUAUUACAGUACAUGAGAUGCUAGCUUUUGGCCUUAACGGUAAGGAAGGGUUUUGUUUUUUAAAGUGAAUGUGGCUCAUCCACUCCAAUGUGUGUCCUCAUUAUUGCUCUACAGGGAAAUGAAGGAUCACUGUUUGUAAAGUAGAGCCAGAUGGCAGCCUGACUGUUGUGUAAAGAGUCUAAACAACAAUGCAGUUAUUUAAAUCGAAAUUGUUGCCACGUUUCAGAAUAUAUGAAUUGCUAGUUAGCAUUUCUAAACUGACAUCGCCAUUUUUUUUUCCUCUUAAUUUUGUUAAAACCUAACAUUUGCCAUAAACGUGUGCCAACCCCUCCACUUCUACACUCAAUCUGGUUAGAAAACACGGCACAAAAUCGAUUGUCUGACUCGUGUAGUUGGAGAAAGAUCACUAACAAAAUGACAACAGCUUCCACUGUUAUUGCUGUCCUGAGUUAACCGAGGGUCCGCUUAGUGUUUAGCUAAGGUGCUGCCGUUUGUAUAUUUCUUUUAGCUGAAUUAGGAUGUAUAUUGGUACAUAGUUUGAGGAACAAUAGCUCACGAGGUGACAGGUCGGCAGUCUUUUACACUUUAUAAUCUAUAAAAGUACUGUACGCAGUUAUAGUUUCGUCCUGGGACCUGAUACAUUGACCAUGACAACUGUCCUACCUCUCCAUAAAACGACCAACACCUUCCCACAGGACCUUCAUCACGACCAACCGCCUCUUACUGUACCUACCGCAGGACCACGACAGUCGUUUCCUCACCUCUCACCUUAUCCAAAACAAAAACCCAGGACCAAUAGCCUUCUGUUUUGUGUUCACUUUUAACCAUCAGACCUCAGUUUGCUCUUAUUUUUUUUGGCAAGUGUAAAGCUGCAGAUGUCAUUAGUGUUUUGAGAAGGAGGUUAUUGUUGUUACAUGUCAAUUUACACACACACACACACACACACACAGAGUCUUCACGACUACAAGAUCAAGAUGUCCGCUUUAUAUUUGUAACUCGUCGCCAUUUUUUAAGGUAUUGACAAAUUAAGGGAGAAGGAAAUUUUAUAAUGAUUUUGACAAAAAGCCCCCUUUGUGCCCUUUUUUUUUUUUUUCUUCUUAAGGAGAGUAUUUUUGUAAAGAGGCGUCAUAUUUGUGCAGAGCAACAAUGGGAUUUUGAAGUACCAGUGCGCCAUGUUAGGGAGACGAAAUGAUGAAAUGUACUGUGAAUUUGUUCCCCCUCCCCCUCCCCCUCCCUCCUCUUUUGUUUAUCAUGGAACAUUUUCAUCCCUAAUAAACCUGUAUUUACACUAA